AUGAUAGAAGGUAAACUGGAGGAACACUAUUCUAAGAUAUGGGAUUAUGCCAACGAAAUCCUUAGAUCCAACCCUGGAAGUACAUGCAAAGUAGGAGUGUCCGUAAAUCCAGAUGGGGUGAAUUAUUUUGAACGUUUUUAUGUAUGUUUUAAGGCAUUGAAAGAUGGAUGGAAUACAGGGUGCAGACGUGUGAUUGGCUUAGAUGGAUGUUUCCUAAAGGGACAAAUCAAAGGGGAGAUUUUGACUGCUAUUGGAAGAGAUGCUAACAACCUCGUGUAUCCAAUUUUGUUGGUUGAUGACUUGGGUGUUGAGGAUGGAAGGGGUCUAGUUGUUAUUUCAGAUCAACACAAGGGACUUCUAGAAUCUGUGAAAGCUAUCCUUCCACAUGUUGAACACAGGCAGUGUGCACGACACAUUUAUGCCAACUUCAGGAAGAGGCAUACAGUAAGGCUAAGGAGGGGUGGAAAUGGUAUAACAAACAAGGAUGGAGAGGGAACUUCAAAACAAAAGGCAGUUAAGCUUGUAGUGAAAAGAAAGAAGAAGACAAAGAAGGCUGGAGAAGGAUCCUCAAACCAGGAUGGCCAAGGUGGGGUUGAAACUGCAAACGAUGCAACUGUGCAAGAAGAAAAUGGAACUGUACAGGAAACUGUACAGGAAACUGCACCAAAAAUUGUGAAUGAUGCAGAUGCUAUUUCUGAUGAAAUUGAUGUAUUGUUGCAAAAAUGUGGUUAUGAACCUCAUGAGAUUGAACAGGCUAUGGAAAGGGUAGAUGCUAAUGAGAUUGAAGAUCACUUGCUUGAAGAUAACCGGCUUGAAGAAAACUUGGAAAUGGGUGUAGAUGCUAAUGAGUUUGAAGAUCACUUGGAAGUAGACUUAGAAGAGGAUGUUAAUGAGAUUGAAGAUAACUUGCUUGAAGAAAACUUGGAAAUGGGUGUAGAUGCUAAUGAGAUUGAAGAUCACUUGGAAGCAGACUUAGAAGAGGAUGUUAAUGAGAUUGAAGAUAACUUGCUUGAAGAAAACUUGGAAAUGGGUGUAGAUGUUCAUGAGAUUGUGCCACCAGUGCAAGAAGUCGCUAUACAAGGUUUAGAUGCUAAUGCUUGGGUUGGUGAAGAUGAUGGGAAUAUUGACUUCAUUGAAGAUACACAAGUUGUUGGGAGGCCUAGGAAAAGGAAGAUUUCUGAGAGAAUUGUGAAGAUCAAGCUGAAGAAAGCAGUUUAUGAUAAGGAUGGAAGGGGUUCUAGUAUUAAGAAACCAGUUAAUUGGGAGUAGGACUAUUUAG